AUGUCGGGCAAAGGCGCAAGAAAAGGGUCAGCCGCGCUGGCGGCUGGGCGCGCGGCGGCUGUCGUUGCCAAGGCGGCGAUUGCCAGAGGUGGAGACUCUGCUCGGUCGGACUGCCUCAUCGAAAUCGCAGAUGCCGAACAGGUGCUGCCUGGGGCAAACGACUGCACCUGGGCCUCCAAAGUGAAGGUCGCUAUCCAACCAAUCAUGCGACGAUUCGGGCCGGUGCUAGAUGUCCGUGUUCCAACAGGUGAAAACAGACCAAUCGUCAGCAUACGAUUCGCAAAUCCCAAAGCGGCGGAGGCUGUCAUGGUUGCCGCGUCGCAGGGUUUCUUGGCCGUGGGAGAGUCCGAAGUCCGGGUGUGCCAGCCUUUGUCGCAAGAGGCGGUCUGGCGCAGCUUCCCACCAGCUCGACAGCGACCAAAUCCUACAGGCGAGUCCAAGAAGAAAAAGCUUCGUCCAAACGAGCGCUUCGCUCCACCGCGCAUGCCUCGGGUUGAAGUCGACGAAGCCGACGAAGCAGCAAAAAACGAGCCUCCAAAGGUUGAGGCUGUCGAGGACCCACAGCCUCCCCCGAUCCAACCUCCUGUGCUACCACCAGAACCGCCCAGGCCCAGUCCGUCGACGCCCAGCGCCGACGCUUCGCAGGAGGACAGAGAAGUUGCAGCUGGUGAGGCGGAGGUGGCCAAGGCCAUGGCAGCGCUCUUGGAGCAGCCAUUCUCCAAACAAAAGAAGGUACUCAAGUCCAUUCGGCUGCAGUGGCAUCCGGACAAGAACCCUGACCAGUCCUCCAUCGCCACACGAGUUUUUCAAUUCGUGCAGGCACAUGACCACUGGCUGGCUCAUCACGGACAGUCAGCCCCACUCGUGACGCAGUCUGGCUGUUUAUUAACUUGGAAGACUGCUGCCUCAUUUCCCGUCAUGUCGACUACGGAGGCGAAUGCCAAUGCACCUGCAGAAGCCGACAGCCCGCCGAUUGUUCUCGAGCUGAAAAGGCUGGAUGACGAGAUGCUGGCAGUUCAGAAGGAGUACGAAAAGGAAGUGCAAAAGCUAAAGCGGCAAUUCCAGGCACAGCAGGCGCCGUUCAUCGAAGCCCGGGACAAGGUGCUUUCCGAGAAGGAAGGAAGCGAGGACCCAGUCACUGGAACGCCAGCACUAAAAGGAUUCUGGGUCCAGGCCCUGCUGAAUCAUCCCGCGUUCGAGGAUGAGGUCGAGUCUUACGACAUACCUGUGCUUGAGUUCCUCAGGACGAUUGAAGCAGAGGAUCUGGACAAGGAGGAUGCAGAAAAGGGUUUCCGGCUGAUUUUCCAUUUCGCCGAGAAUCCGUACUUCACAGACAGUUCACUAUCGCAAGAGUACCACAUGCACGAGCCAAAUCGCUACAACGGGGAGGUCAAGGUCAAACAGCUGAAAGGCUCUAGCCCCAACUGGAAGGCAGGCCAGGAUGUCACGAUGGGCAAGCCUGCAAAAGGAGGCAAAAAGAAGAAAUCCCACAAAGAGAAGCUGCUGGAGCCUCGCAAAUCUUUCUUCCGCGAUUUCUUUCGAAGUCUGCAGGACGAAGACGAGCUGCCCGAGGACGUUGACACCCAGCAGCUUUGCAUGCAGAUGGGCGACGAUGAGAUGGAGCAGGAGGAGAUGGUAGAGGCUUUACUCGAAAAUGCCUAUGACUGUGGCAUGGCGCUUCGCACUCAGAUCAUUCCUUUUGCCGUUCGCUGGUAUACCGGCGAAGCCGCCCCAGAUGAUGAGUACGAUGAUGAGGAAGAGGAGGAAGAGGAGGAAGACGAGGACGUGGAGCUGGAGGAGGAGAUCAUGGGGAGAAUUGGCAGGCUUCCGCGCUUGGCCUUCACUUGCAGCUUUGCGGUUAUACUUGCCACCGUCUCAAAGGAUGCCUUUUCGGUCCUUGCUCCGAGAACUACACCUUGUGCUUGGGAGCGGGAUAGCUCGGAUCGAAAGCAAGGGAGCAAAAGCACUUUGGCAAGUGGCGUCGGCGUCGCAGUCUUCGGCCUUAGCGCAAUUGCAAGUGGCGUCUUCAUCCCAACGAGCCGAGCCUGUUUGCGCGCUUCAGACAGCGUUGAGCUCUUCUCGCCGGCGAAGGUAAACCUGUUUUUGCGAAUCAUCAGGCGACGACCAGAUGGGUAUCAUGAUCUGGCAUCACUUUUCCACACGGUGGCAUUUGGUGACAAGCUGGUGCUGGAGGCGCUGCCAGACAAUGCAGAGCAGGAUCGGCUGGAGUGCAACCUGCCGGGAGUGCCAGUAGAUGAUUCCAACCUGGUCAUCCGCGCCCUCAAGCUAUUCCGAGAGAAGAGUGGCAUUCGUCGAUUCUUCGGUGUCACGCUCGAGAAGGAGAUACCAGCACAGGCUGGCAUGGGAGGUGGAAGCAGCAAUGCGGCCACGGCAUUUUUCGGUGCCAACCAGCUGUGCGGCUGCCCGGCCACUCCAGAGGAUCUGAUCAGCUGGGGCGACGAUCCGGUGAUUGGAUCUGAUGCCACUUUCUUCCUGUCAGAAGGCACUGCAUACUGCACUGGAAGAGGUGAGAUUGUGACGCCGAUCGACGGUCUUCCCAUCAAGGAUGGCCUUAGCGUCUACUUGGUCAAGCCGAAUUACGGCCUGUCCACCGGCAAGGUGUUUCAGGCCAUGGACCUUUCAGCGUUGAGUACGACAGACCCAGAGGAGCUUCUGCAGACCUUCAAAGAUAAGGGCACUUCGCACAUCUCCUGGGUGAACGAUUUGGAGAAGCCAGCCUUCAAGGUCUCCCCAGAACUUCGUGACCUCAAGAAGUAUUUGGCCGAAGAGUGGGACUUCGAGGCGGUUCUGAUGUCUGGAUCUGGGAGCACCAUCUUCUGCCUGGGCGACCCGAAGGGAGGUGCCAAAGCCUUCGAGGUAGCAACCAAGAAUCAGUUCGACAUUGAAGGCAUCUGGCAGACUGAGUUUAUGCGUCGCCCCAGCCCAACGGAAUGGUACACGAAGGCGACAAACCGGCGCUAUCAGUGCUACUGCCAAUGUUCUUUCAGCGAUUCUGUCAGGUGUAGAAUGGGCUGA